AUGGCCCUAGUAACCACAGCCGAAGUCUGCGACGCGAACCCGCAGCUCAUCGUGAGCGGCGAGCUUCGGGCCCUCCAGCCGUGUUUCCAAAUUUACGGCAGGCGGCAAGUAUUCUCCGGGCCCGUUGUGACUCUCAAAGUCUUCGAGGACAAUGUUUUGGUGCGCGAGUUUCUCGAGGAGAGAGGCAACGGGCGAGUCCUUGUUGUCGAUGGUGGCGGUAGCAUGAGGUGUGCCAUUCUUGGCGGGAACCCUGUCGUGCAGGCCCAGAAUAAUGGGUGGGCUGGGAUAAUAGUCAAUGGUUGCAUAAGGGAUGUUGAUGAGAUCAAUGGCUGUGAUAUUGGGGUUCGUGCACUGGCAUCUCACCCUGUGAAAGCUAGCAAGAAGGGAAUUGGGGAGAAGCAUGUUCCGGUGAGUAUUGCCGGGACACGGAUAUCUGAUGGGGAGUGGCUGUAUGCAGAUACGGAUGGGAUCUGUGAUAAGGGAUUGUUAAUGUUAUCUUCUAUUUUUGUGGUGGACUCAGAUAUGAUAUGCUCCGCCGGCAAAACCAUCAAACCACGACACGCGAUGCGCACUCGCUUCCUCGCCACCGAUUACUCAGCCACCGCACUCGAAGGCGGUCCAGUCGAUCUACCGGACUUCGUCCAGAUACCUCUCCUUGAGCUCUCUCCAACAAGCUAUCCCGACGCUUCUGCUAAAUUCUCACCGUCCUUUGACGAAAUUCCAGUUUUCGACGUCGCUUGCGAAAUCGAGCAGCUACAGAUUGAGGAUGCUCUCUCGAUAUUCUUGUCCGAUGUUCUUCCUCACUUUGUCGACGGCGCUGGUUUGGAGGAGACGAGGAUUGACGGCAGCGACGAAAAUUUCACGGAGGGGAAAGAUGGAACACCGUGUGAUGAUAAGGGUGAUGUUGGACUUAAAUUUCCACGAUUUGAAAUUCCAGAGAUCGAUAUUACAUCUCUUCCAUUGAAAGGAAACGUCCAUUCCCAAUAUGAGCGCUCACUUAUGUUCUCUGAGAUUGCUAAUGCUGAAUGUACAAUGGAUAUGCUAGAUUCUGAGCUUACGCUACAAAAUCCAUCUGAAAUUCAACAGUCAGUUUAUUCAGUUGAUGAUGUGAGCGUAGAGUACUCAAUGGAACAAAAGUCCGAUAUGUUGGAAGAUGCUGAUUGUGGUUUGGGAAAACUUCAUUCUCAUAACAUCCAAUUUCCUCUAUUUGAACUUGAUGUGGAGAGUCUGGAUAUUCUUGGAAGAAUAUAUAAGAUGGAUGAACAUCUGAGCUUUGAGAAUAUUGAAAAGAAAGAGUUGGAACAUCCAAAUGUAUUAAUUAGCAACAACGAGCUCUUGGGUUCUAUGGAGUUUGACUUGAUAAAGUAUUUAUUACAAAAUUGUGCUGCGAUACAUUGCCUUGAGGACUCCAAUUUUCCAUCACAAUUGGACUGUAUAACCAUAAUUGAGCUGUCAUGUCAGGAGUACCCAAAACUUCAUCAUGAAAAACAGGAGGAUGAUGUGAUUCGAUCCAUGGACCCAAUACUAUUUGAUGAAUUUUUGUUCCUCGAUUCGGAUACAUAUUAUUACUGCGAGGUACUUUCAGAUUCCGCAAAGGAGAUUGAAGCUGAAAAAUGCGCAUCCCUGUUUGAAAAAACCAUGAACUUUAAAAGUUUCAGUGAAUUAAUUGUUUCUCAUGAGCUUACUCUAAUGGAUGACUCCUUCAAAUCCCUACCUGUACCUAUCUUCUCAGAUGAGGGAAACACUUGUUCAUUACAUGCAUUUGAGAAGUUAUUUGCUCAGUUAGAUUGGCAGACUUGGUCAGCAUCUGAUGGUCUAUAUCUGGAUUGGCGUUUACUUGGGGAAGAUGAUUCUGAAUCAGGGAAAUAUUCCACUUGUCGUAAAAUGUUCUGGGAGAUAGAUACCUACAACAUUGAUGCCUCUAUGAUCACAAGUGAUGGUGGAAAACAGAUCUUUGAUUUUAUUCUCUCUGCUUCUCAUUCAGAUAAAACAAUUGUGGAGAACAACAAGAAUAUCCUGAACCAAUCUGGCAGUGAUGUCUCUAUGGUCCAUUCUUCUGGUGAAGCGGGUUUAACUAGCUUGAGGAAUCAUGGGGGACAAAAGAUAAAUGAAGAUACUUUCUUAAGACCUGGUGUUGAGGAAAUUGCAAGGUUUGGUGAGUCCAUGUCUAGUGAUCUUGAUUUUUUUCUGAAUCCACUUAACUAUGUUAAAGGAAGAGAAGGUAUACCUGCUCACAAGUCCUUUGAUGCUAAUACGGAGUGUCAAGUGGUGUCAAUCAAUGAUUCUGCUGCUGCCAAUAUAACCACUGAAGUUCAGCAGAAUGGGAAUGUUAAGAUGUAUCAGAAAAGUCCUUUUGAUUCCGCAUCGGCCAAACAGGAUUGUGAUACUAAGUUGGAAGAGCUAUUAAAUCCUGUACCUGUUGAAGGGAUCUAUGGUAAUGAAGUUGUGCACGAAGAGCACUAUUAUAGGAUGCCAGUUCAGUCAAUACCAGUGGGUUUGGAAUCAAAGCAAAACUUGUCUUGCAAGCCUCUCUGCCCCAAAACCAUCAUAAUUGUAAAUACCCGAAACUUCAACGAAGAAAUGAUAAUCUCCAGGAGAAGUACAUACCAAAGGAUUCUUGAAAUGGAGCAAGAAGGAGCACAAGUUGUGGAACGGGACGUAGUCUUGCCUGUUGACAUAAUAGUAAGUUCAGCAGUUUGUCUCUCUUGGUAUGACUGCAGAAAUAUUGGAAGGAAAGCUUCAGCUUCAGAUGAGGCAUUUUCAUGCUUGCCUUUAUGUGUUGAAAGCAUUGCAGCGAGUAUCUUGACUUCCUUGAGCUUUGCUUUCAGUUGCUGCAUCCUGAUAUUUGAAGGAGAUUUAAAUUUCUUAUGUAGCAUUAUGGAAUCAUCAGACGAACUCUAUGCUGCAGGGGCUAGCUUGGGAGUUGACAUACAGCUUUUCUACUCAUAUUCUUAUGAGAUGACUGAAGAGAUCAUAAUCUCUUGCAUCAAUGUUGCAGAAGGGUUGAGUGGGGACCUCUACCCCAGAAUGUCGGAUUCGGAAGGCCUAGCAGAAUCAUUUCUCACUGCAUGUCCUUCUAUUAAUCCUCUUUCAGCUCAUGCAAUAUUGUCAUCAGAUACCAUACUAGGGAAGUUUUUGGAACUGUCGAAUGAAGGCAGAGUUUUGGCUCUUAAAAAAUACAAGGUUCAUGAUGAAAGUGUUACUCUACUAAGUGCAAUAUGCAAAUACGGAGAGCAAGAGGAUUCUAAAUCUGGUUUGACAAAUAGCUCUUCUGUAUCAGUUCCAGAUUUGGAAAACGCCGAACCCAAAAUUGUACCCGAGAAGAAGAAAGCAAGAUACACACACAACCUUUACGAUCCUGGUGAGCCUCCAGAAAGUUUGUUUCACACAGAAUCACUGAAGUUAAAUCCAGGUGACCAACUUAAUCUGUCCAAAUUGUCUGCACCGUGCAAUGCUUGGCUGUCAGGAAGUAAUGAGAUAUACAAUAAAUUGGCACCGAUGGAUAUGUGUUUUGAUGACAUGUUACCCGGUCAUUGUCUGGAUAAUGAUGCUGAUAUGAUGAAGUCAAGCCUUCAGGAUUUCCCAUUGACUAAAGGUAUUAAUAUAUCAGAUGAGAGAGAGAAGCUGUGGAUGCCUCAGUUUGACUUAGAUUGUCCUCCUAGAUGGAGCUCAGCUACAGCAGCAAAGAGCAACUUUGGCACACAAAGUAACAGGGUGACUGCAACUUUGCAGGAGAAUUUUACUGGUGAAGUUGUUGAUUUAGAGGAUACUCCAGAAUUUAAAGAACACUUCACAGCUGGAAAUUCUGCUAGCUUUCCAUUUGCUCAUUAUGUUGAGAAAGGUUAUGCUCCAAGGAGUUCCAGAAUAAAUAAACGACCUCUGAGUACGACUGAUCUUCCCCAGUUUUCAAAUUUGAUCGAUGAUGAUUCUGCAUCUGUUGCCUGGGUUUCUAGGGAUGAUACACAAACUUUGAGAAAAGGAAUUAAACCAUAUUUUGAUACUAUUAACCGAAACAGUUAUACUAUGAUGAACCAAAAUGAGCUGGUGCAAGAGAAUAUUAUAGGAAAAAUUCCAACAAAUUCCUACAAAAUGUCAAUCCAAGAAAAAGGUGCUCAAAGUGCUGGUGGCACUCCACUCAAAAAUGCUCUUCGCUCUACUCCUCCUCGAGGAUCUCCCUGGACAGUCGAGUUCUUAAACAGAAUACGCGAAAAGAGUAGAUUAAGAAAGCAGUCUGCUUCUUAUGACCUAUCAUCCCCCCCUGCUUAUGGUUCUUCUGGGGACAUCUCAAAUAUUACCAAAAGGAAGAGUCCUUCGAUUCUUGAACUCUACAAGUAUGAAGGAGGCAACACCCCACAGAAAAAAGUUGAAAAAAAUAGACUAAAGAGAUCUUCACGACCAUUAAAUUCACUGAAGAACAAGAGUGCUUCUGCUACCUCUUCCCCAACAUGGACUCCAGUUGAUAAGAGAGCAAGACGGAUGCUGUCGUUUUCGAUGAAUGGAAUUAGAGGGCAAAGUAAACUGGUCUGGAAGGAUAACAAUAACCAGACCUCACAGAGAAGAUUGUAGCCUCGGCCUUGAACUCAAACAAUGUUGGUGUUGACCAGUGCAGCACUACUUUGCACGUCUUUGCGCUUAGUAAAAAAAUUAGAUUGUCCAGAUAAGAGUGUUAAUAGCUCAACAUUUUCUGUAUUUCACUUCGAAGGAGGUUAGGUUUUGAAUUCUUAUUUAGUUUUUUUUUUUUUCUUGAAGAUGGAUGUUGAGUUAACUUCCUAAAGGCAGGAACAGAUGUAAGGUGUUUGCUGUUGGGUAAUGAUAUGAAAAGCAUCUUCUCAAGUGGUUUUCCCCGAAAUUAUUUCUUUAUUUCCCUAAUUCUGUCGAUAUGAUUUUGGAAAUGUACUAUUGAUGUGCAUGUAAUAUUCGCU